GGUUGUUUCGCUGGUUUCGACACAGCUCGCACGGUACGGGACGGCCAAGAAUAGCAAAGAGCACGCGAAUCUAGCCGUCCUGUAACUGAGUCUGGUGAAGGCGACCGACCGCUCCCUUCGUAGUCCGUCAGAACGAAUUUGAACGUAUAUUUUUCUUAGUGGAAAAACACGCGAUCCGCGAUUAAGUUGUAUAUGGAGGUAAGAAGUGGAAAACGAUCAUUUCAGCGUGUCGAAUCACGCAAAGUGAACUGAAGUGAAGUGGCCUCGGCGAAGUGGAGAUCUAAAAGCAGUAGAGAAGGAGAGAGUGAGAAGAAGAGAAAGAAAGAGAAGAAAAGACUGUGUGCGAAGUGGUUAUAAGAUUCUUGAGUGCAGUCGUGCGUGUUUUCGGGCAAUGUCUCUCGAAAGUCGUUCGAGCUCAGCCCUAUUUAAAAGGGCUGAACAGCUCAAACGCUGGGAACAGUCCGAAACAAAUCGUGAACCGACUCAACCACGUCAGGUCGCACGAAAAAUUAAAUUCUCAGCGGAUUGUGUGUUCUUGGCAGCAUGCGCGGCAGGCGACAAGGAAGAGGUCGUACGUUUACUCCAAAAGGGGGCGGAUAUCAACACCGGAAAUGUUGAUGGUCUCACAGCAUUACAUCAAGCAUGUAUCAAUGAUGAUCUGGAUAUGGUCGAAUUUUUAGUAGAAAAAGGAGCUGAUAUCAAUUGUGGAGAUAACGAAGGCUGGACACCAUUGCAUGCAACUGCAUCUUGUGGAUUUAUAUCUAUUGCUAAAUAUUUAAUAGAGAAAGGAUGUAAUUUAGCAGCAGUUAACUAUGAUGGUCAACUAGCUCUUGAUAUUGCUGAAAGUGUUGAAAUGGAAGAUAUGCUGCAACAACAUAUAAGUAAAGCUGGCAUAGACUGUGAUCAAGCCAGAAGUGAAGAAGAAAGAUCAAUGUUAAAUGAUGCUAGAGCAUGGCAAUCAGGAGCAGCUGGCAAGGAUUCAAUCCAUCCUAAAUCAGGAGCCACUGCUCUUCAUGUUGCUGCUGCUAAAGGCUACAUUGACGUUAUGGAGAUAUUACUGCAAGCUAGGUGUGAUGUUAAUGCUCAAGAUUUUGAUGGUUGGACACCUUUGCAUGCUGCAGCACAUUGGGGACAAUUAGAAGCCUGUGAACUUCUAGUGGAAAAUUUUUGUAAUAUGGACAUUAAGAAUUAUGCUGAUCAAACUGCAUUUGACAUUGCUGAUUCAUCUAUAUUAUCAGCCCUGGAGGAAUUAAAAGCAAAACAACAGUUAUUAAUGAAAGACCAUCCACAAAUUAUUAAUAAGAAACAGCCAACUAUACCAAAGAAACGCGUAUCAACAAAUAACGAAAAUACUAUAACUAUGCAAGAAUCGGUAGAAACAUUUGAAGAAGAGACGCCAAAUAAAGUUAAAAAGGUCGAAUUAGAAAUUCAGUCUGAUAAAGAAGAUUCUAGUACUGGAACAAAUAGUGAUGUUGCAAUUUGUAUUUCUUGUAACAAUGCUGCAUGGACAGAAGCGACACGUGAAACAGAUAUGGAAGAGAGUGAUGGUGAAGGUGAAUCUGAGACUAGCUCAGACUCACAUUCUUCCACUUACUCCAAUCAAUCUGAUAAGUCUAACGAAUCAAACCACUCUCCAUGUCUUACAGAUGAUGAAAAGAAAAAUAGAGCAAAUAGAGAAGAAACAGCCCCGCGUAAUAUUUCGCCUCCUAUCGAUGCUAAUAAAGUUCCUAAUCAGGCUCCAAUAAUGCCUCCAAAACAACAGACUGAUAAUGAAGAAGGAGUUAUACCAUCUUGGCGGCGAUCAGGCUCUUUCAGAAAUAGGGUACAAAAUACAGAAGCAACUUUGUCUUCGAGGCUUGAGGAUAAGGAUAAAACUAUUAAAUCGCCAACCAUGUCAAACAAACUUAAUACGGAACCUGAUGUCGUAUUGACAAGAACGCAUAGCUUUGAAACGGAUGAAAAGUUUUAUGAACAGUACUUGGCAUUACGAGCUCGAAUCAAGGCGUUUUCUUGCCCUACUCUCCAUUGCUGCAACGCAGCUACUCCUACUCACACGAAUACUACGACCCGUUCUGCAUCUCUACGCGAAACCCACAGAAGAAAAGAAGCAAAAUUAAACUUGGAACUCUCAAGACUGCCACAGGGAAGCAAUACACUUUCACCAACAACUACAUCCAAAACAAUAGUGUCAAGUACACUGCCAACUACUACAGCUACAGCUACGACUGCCACAACAAUAACAACUACUACAAGUCCUAUUCCAACUAAUCAAAUACGCAGUGUUCAACCAGUGGAAGCUACAGCUACAAACAAUUCAGUAGCAGUUCCUGGAACUCCCACUACACCAGGAGGGAGCAAACUAAGUCCAGGAAAUAUCUUCAAGAAUUUCUUCAAAUCAUUUGUUCCUCCUGUUCGUGAUGAGGAAAGUGAAACACAAAGAAAAGCACACGCGAAAAGAGUAAGAGAAACUCGACGUUCGACUCAAGGAGUGACAUUGGACGAAAUCAAAAGUGCAGAACAAUUAGUAAAAAAGAAACAACAAAACAAUGAAAUUCCUUCCACAAUAUCUUCUACACAGCCUGCAACCACUACCAGCAAUACAGCCUCGAUUACAGCUACAAUAACAACAGCAACUCCUACUACUGUAAUUUCAAAUAAACCUUCUGAAGAACUUAAUUUACCUGAAAGACGACCUUCCUGGAGAUUGAAAGUGGAUAAUGGAAGCAAGUUCCAGCUAGAAGAUGCUAAUAACAGAGCUACUACGCUAUCUAAUACAGAUACUACUACAGCAUAUAUGAGAAGACCUUCAGCGGGUACAAGUGUACCUAGACCAUCAUCAGCUCCAGUUGAAACUAUCGCAACGAGUAGUGCAGAAACAACAGUGACAUUACCACUUAGACGAUCGUUAAAACAACCUGAAGAUAAAGAACAAGAUAAGGAAAAUGAUAGUAGAAAUGCACAAGCUACACAAGCUGUUAUACAAAGGAGACGAAGACCUAAAAGGAGAUCUACUGGUGUUGUCCACGUUGAUAUGGAUGAAAUCGAUCCAGAGAAACAAGACUUAACUGCUGGAGGAGAUUAUGAUGAGUCCAAAAUCAACCACAAUGAGAGUGGAAAUGACCGUACUGGGAGAUCUAACAGGCUAGGAUCUAUAUCAUCACUAUCAUCAGAAGCACCUUCUAUGUCAGUAAGACUAAAGUCUACGACUUCUGAAAAUGGUGAAUUAGAUUAUAAAAAAUUGUAUGAAGAAUCUCAAGCAGAAAAUGAAAGACUUAAAGAAAAGCUUAGGCGGUCAGAUGAACAAUUAAAGGAAGCCAGAAAUUUAUUGGACAAAGCACAAAGUGCUCAAAAUAAAACAGUUCUAUCUGAAACUGAGAAAAGGGAAAGGAGAGCAAUGGAAAGGAAAUUGUCAGAAAUGGAAGAAGAAUUGAAGCAAUUACAAAAGCUCAAAGCUGAAAAUGAGAGAUUGAAAGCCGAAAAUCGGGCACUUACCCGCGUCGUAUCCAAACUCACCAAUACUACUAAAUAGGUGAUGGACCAAUUGAAAUGUGAAAACCAGAGGCUAAAAGAUGAAAACGGUGCCUUGAUAAGAGUAAUCAGCAAAUUAUCCAAAUAACUCCAAUGGUCUUAAAAAAGGGCUGUCUAGCGUUUCUUAUGUUGCAUUACAAUUGAUUGAAUGAAUUGUUUUAGCUAUAAAGCAUCAUGAUCAUUAUUGCUAGUAUUCUUACAAUGUAUAUUACAUCAUCACAUUAUUGAUGAAUUUAUUCUUAAUGCUAGUAAUUUAAUUUAUUAUCAAACAAAUCACUCGCGUGGCUGUGCCAAGAGCGAAGAGAGACAUUGCUCCUAUUCUUAGAAUUGUGAAUAGUCGACUAUAAAGGACUUAGAAUUUUUACUUUCUCACAUGUAACUCUUCCUGUCGAAGAUAAAUUUCAUGGUUCAUUUUAGAGCCGGCGCUUGUAAAGCAAAAUGUACUUCGUUCGAAUUGAUAAAAAACAAACGUUCUUUAUGACAAUUUUUUUUAAAGAAUUCACGUUAUUAAUGUUGACUCUUUAUAAGGAUAUUUUGUAAAUAUGUAAUAGGUAAUAAUAACGUGGCAUUUUAGAAUUAAAUAAGAAAAUUUUUUACUUUCAAAAAACACGUAAGAGAUAUAUAUCAAAUUUAUUGUAUAAACUUGUUUCCAUAAUUGUAAUGCAGGCGAAUACAUUCGUAGCGUAUUACAAGAUUAAGUAGAACAAUAAAAAAAAAAGUGAAUUAAGAUAAUGAUUUUCAU